GCGGCCCCGCCGCUGCCACAGCAACCGCAACGCCCGGCGGCGGCAGCUCCUCGUCCCCGGCCGGGAGCGGCGGCGCCGGCGUGUCCCAGGGGAACAGGGAAUGCUGUAUUACUCUAACACAUCACCAAAAUGAGUGAAAAGGAAGCUCAAGGAGAUCUUGAUCAAAAGGAAGAUCAAGCAGAUGUGGGUGAUUCAACAGAAAAUGCAGAAUAUGAGGAUGAUUUUGAAAAAGACACGGAAUGCCUAACUGAUGAAGAAGAAAAACAAAACCUUGGUGAAAAAGAGAAUCCUGAAGAAAAGGAAGAGGAUGUUGAAGCAAAAAUUCUUAAAACUGCAGACAGCUUUCAGGAAGACAAUAAAGAAAUUAAAGAAAAUCUAGAUCAGCUUUCAGAGGCAGAUGUAAAUGUGAAAGUGAUAUACUCAAAUGAAAACUAUUUGCAAUCUGGGGCAGAUAUUGAACAGGAGGACCAUGAAUCUGAUGCUGAGAGAGAAAGCUCUGUCCAGGAAUCCAAGCUGGAAAAUGAGCAGGAACUGGAUGAGGGGGAAUAUGAGGAUGAAGAAAUAAAGCGUUACGUCUUGGAGAAGAUUGAAGAAGCCAACAAAGAGCUGGAAAAUCAGGCUCCUGUGGAUAAAAACAGAGAACGGAAAUUAAAAUUUGAGGAUGAGGUGGGUCUUCAAGCUCCUUCUUCAGAAGAUGCUGAAGUUGGUAAAACUGACCUUGCAAGAGGAGACGAUGUUUCAGAUGGGCUGUCUCAACUGAGUAUUUCUGAUGACAAGGGACAGAAAAGCACAUCACUUUCAGAAUGUGCUGGCUCAGAUGAGGAGAAGACAGAUGGUAAAAUUCUAGUUGAAAAAGAUGGAAAGUUUGAACUCUUAAGUAUACGUGAUAUUGAAAGCCAGGGCAUUUUGGCCCCGAUAAGUGUUUCUUUUACAGAUAUUGAAACUCAACAGACUACAGAACUCUUCAGUUCUUUGCCCAUUGCCUCUCAAGCAAAAGAAAUGUCUCCAUCUGACUCUAAGCAGCAGCCAGAUUCUGCUUUGAAUAGUGCAAAAGAUGUGGGAAAACAGAAGACUGAGUGUGCAAACAUACGCGUGAAAAGCUCCACUUACAGUCUUACUCCCAGACAAAAAGAAUUUAGAAGGCAGAUAGAACUAAGGAAAGAAAGACUGAAGAGAGAGGAAGAAGAAAAGAAAAGAGAACUAGAAGAAAUGAGGAGAAGACAGAAUGAAAUAGUUUUUAGAGCUUGGUUACAGAAGAAGAAAGAACAGGUACAACAAGAAAAGCGAAUUCGUCGUGCAAAGCAGCUGGAAGAGCUGAGCAUUAAAAAGGUGCACAGGGAUCCAGAAGAAGCCUACAGGUUAUGGCUUAAAAAAAAGCACCAACAAUAUGUGAGAGAAAGACGGAUAGAAGUCUUGAGACGCCAAACUGAGGAAGUGGCCUUUUUUACAAGUGCAGAGGAUUGUGACAGAGCUUUUAGAGACUGGCUGAGAAGGAAGAGAGAAGAGAAACAAGCAGCCGAGCUAGCUGAUAAAGAGAGAGCCAGGCAGCUUAGAUUAGAAGCCAGAAGAGCAAGAAAAAUGCAAAACAUCCACUGUAUUUAAUUCCAAGCCCAAAUCCUAUUGUUUUUCAGAUCAUUACAGUUGAAAAGUUCAUGUA